ACUACACCGACAGGCAGAUAGACUAGCUAGCAGCAGGAGAUGGAGCCGGCCGAGAUGUCCAAGAAGAGGGUGCAACCAUGGAUCGAAGCCGCCGUGCACCUCUCCCUCUGCUUCGCCGUCGGCGCUUUGGCCGCCCUCGCGCCGUUGGCCGCCACCGGCGCCCCGUCGGCGGCCAACAUCCGCGCCUCGUUUCUCGGCCCGCUCAACAAUGCUCAGGGAGCAGCAGCGACGCCGGCUCCACCGCCUGUCCCCGACCUCGGCCUCCUGCUGAUCGUCACGGCCACGCGGCCCGACGGCGGGAUGGAGCAGGACGCCUCGCUGGUCCGGCUCGUGCACACGCUGCGGCACGUCGCGCCGCCGCUGCUCUGGAUCGUGGUGGGCGCCGAGAACAGGACGGCGACGGCGAGGGCGGUCAGGGUGCUGCGCGGCACCGGUGUCAUGUUCCGGCACCUCACCUACGACGCCAGGAACAUCACCGACGCUGGCGCCGGCGAUGAGGUGGACCGCCAGAGGGACGUGGCGCUGAGCCACAUCGAGCGCCACCGGCUGAACGGAGUUGUCCACUUUGCCGGCGCUUCCAGCAUCUAUGACCUCCGCUUCUUUCAAGAGCUCAGGCAAACCAGAGGUUUUGCAGCAUGGCCGGUAGCAACAAUCUCGCCAGCAGAGCAGAAGAUAACAGAAGAGGGACCAACCUGCAACUCAUCACAAAUCACAGGCGGGUACUCAAAGGAUUCAAGCACUAAUGGAACAGAAAGAACCUCCACCUCCCUGGACGCGGCAGAUACCAGCACAAACAGGAACUCAAGCUCUGAACCUCUGAAAAUAAACAUCUCUGGAAUUGGGUUCAGGAGCUCAAUCCUAUGGGAUUCAGGAAGAUCACUCGUCAGGAGAAACUCAUCAGCAGGCGCUACUCAGAAUCUCAUCCAGAUUGUACAUCAAAUGGCCGUGGAAGGUGAAAACAAGCUUAAGGGCGUCACUUCUGACUGUUCUGAGUCUCAGAUAAUGUUGUGGCACCUAGACAUGCCAAGAUUUACUCUAAUACCUGAAGAACAGGAGACUCAGCAGCAGCAGCAGAGUCUAGUGGUGACUGGUGAGAGACGAAGAUAAACCCACGACAUGAGAUUGUUAGUCGUGGAAGAAGCAUGCUGCGAUGUAAUUAUCAAGAUAGAAUUGGCAAACAAUACCUUCAUCACGUAUAGCAGUUACUUCACAGAUGUGGGCACAACUGAGCCUUGAGUUU